AUGGGUGGAACUCGAGCUAACAAGGAAAUCUACUUCGAAAAAUUGAGGGCUCUUAUUGAGCAAUACCCCUCAAUCUUCGUUGUCAACAUCGACAAUGUUUCUUCUCAACAACUUCAUUUGAUCCGACAAUCUCUCCGAGGAAAGGGUGUUGUUCUCAUGGGUAAAAACACCAUGGUUCGAAGGGCUAUCCGGGGUCUCCUUGCCGAAUUCCCUCAAUUCGAGAAACUCAUGCCUUACAUCAAAGGAAACGUUGGAUUCGUCUUCACUUCUCAAGAUCUUAAAGAAAUCAGAGAAAUCUUACUUUCCAACGUUGUUGCCGCUCCUGCCAGAGCUGGUGCUAUCGCCCCCAACGAUGUCUUCGUGCCCGCCGGUAACACUGGUAUGGAACCAGGAAAGACAUCUUUCUUCCAAGCUCUUGGUAUCCCCACCAAGAUCGCCAGAGGUACCAUUGAAAUCGUUAACGACGUUCAAGUCGUUUCUGCCGGUACCAAAGUCGGUUCUUCCGAAUCAGCUUUGUUGAACAUGUUGAACAUCUCUCCUUUCACCUACGGUUUAACCGUCGUCCAAAUUUACGACGACGGUGCCGUAUUCGCCUCUUCCGUCCUUGACAUUGAGGAGAAGACCCUUCUCGACGGUUUCAUGUCAGGUAUCAAGACCAUCGCUGCCAUCUCUCUUGCUACCAACUACCCUACCAUCGCUUCCGUCUCUCACUCGUUGGUCAACUCUUACAAGAACAUCCUCGCCGUCUCUCUCGCUACCGAGUAUGAGUUCGAGGGUUCCGCCAAGCUCAAGGAGAGACUUGCCAACCCCGAGGCUUACGCUGCUGCCGCCCCCGCCGCUGGUGGUGCCGCCGAGUCCGCUGCUGAAGCCGCUCCCGCUGACGAGAAGGAGGAAGAGAAGGAGGAGUCUGACGAUGACAUGGGUUUCGGUCUUUUCGAUUAA